UCUUUAUCUGGCUUGUUACACUAUGCUCGUUAUAGUCAUUAGUUAGUCAUUCCCCUGGGGCGCCCUCGGGUCAUUACAGUAAAUUGUAGAGACAUGCUCCAACUACAAGGCAUCCAACAAUCCAUUUCAUUCUUUUCACAGUUAACAAUGUCUUCACACGGAGUGUUUUUUUAUGUGUAUCUAUCUGUAAAUGGUUACUAAGACAAUAAUCCAGGUUCUGCGGGUAGAUGCUGUAGAUAGACAUGGAAGUAGUAGAUUUAUGGUAUCAGUAAUGUCCACUUAUAACUUUAUCUCCCCGAUUUGGUGCCUGCCAUCCACAGUAAAAGGUAAACGAAUGAUAGAACUACAUAUAUGUAUAUGUCAUAUUCAGUGCCUUCUCAUUGCGUUAAUGUGGAAAAACAUAAGGAAAACUUAUUUUUCCGUCAUUUAAAAGUUCGCCUGCCAUCCACAGUAAAAGGUACGGUUAGUAGGAGGAAUGUUGAGUCUGUUAUGGUUAGUGUCUUCAGAAAAAAUACUCUUGUGUUUGAAAUGUUCUCCUUUGAAAGCACCGAGAAUAAAAAUAAGUUCCCUAUAAGUCCUAGUCCUGUCACAAAAUUAGAAAACAUCAGUCGAAGAACGAAUGAUAGAACUACAUAUAUGUCAUAUUCAGUGCCUUCUCAUUGCGUUAAUGUGGAAAAACAUAAGGAAAACUUAUAUUCAUGUCAUUUAAAAGCUUGAUGAUUUCAUCCAAGCUGUGGUUAAAUGUUACAUUUUCCAUAACACAGUUUCCUAAAACUUGGUGAAUUGUUGUGUUUAUCCAACUAAUAUUUGUACUGUUUUUGUAUGUGUUCCCAAUUUGAGCUUUACUUCAACUAAUGAACAGACAAUCAGUAUUCAUAUCUUUAUGAUCUUUUUAAUGCUUUUCCUGAAUAGUGGUUUUGUAAAUGAUGAAUGUUGAACAAAUAUUAUUGAACUUUUUAAAGAGAGAUUAAUAUUACAAUGAGGCAAAAUAAACACCAUUGACUAAAUAGUAUUUAUUUAAUCUUACCAUCCAGCAAUAGAAUUGGUCCCACUGGGAUAGACUGACUUUUUCAAACCAGUAUUUUAUUCAUAACGAAAAUAAUUAUCCCACCGAACGAAGUUCGAGAGGGAUAUAGGAAAGCCGUCCGUCCAUCCGUUCGUCCGUCUGUUUGUCUCAAAUACCAGUGAACAGAUUUGGUUCAAAUUUUAU